CAAAAAAAACCCAGUAAUACUAUUACCUCGGCAAUUUGGAAAGAGCAUCAAGAAGCAAUACUACGAGCUACAGUUGAAAAUAAGAUCAAUGAAAGUAUUAAUAAGCGUAAAAUCGAAGAUGUAGCGAGGAAUGCUACAAGUGCAACUGCAAAAGCUUGUUACGCACCGAGUGGUUACGAGAUCCCAAAACGUCCCCGAAUAGAUUACAAAAACUUAGAUUAUAAUGUCAAUGACGAUAACGAUAAGGAGAAUCUGGAGCAAUCGACCAGCGAUACAUCACCUAUGCAAUCGACCAGCAAAAUAUUAUCUAUGCAAUCGACCAGCGAAACAUCACCUAUCGAGGAUUACCUGAAAAAAUUCGAAGAAGCCUACUUGGAAUUAGAUCUCAAUAAUAUGUGGUUGCUGGAAAGUGGUCGUAAAGUAGAAGAAGUUAUUUAUCAAUUCGCCAUAAAUCUUCCCGAAGAGUCAUAUUUACACUCAUUCAUAAUCAAUGACAUUGAUGUGGCUACCAAAUCACUAUUUUCGAAUAAAAAAUGGAAGGAAAUCACCACCUCCGUGGCUAAGGAUAAACCAAAACUUGAAAAUUCUCUUGUAAACCUACUGAAAAAAUACACAGUCGAUGAUGUUGAGAAACUUCGUGAUGUUCUUUUCGAAUCAUUUAUACCAAAUGGAUGCAAAUAUGAUCGAAAACAUCAUUUUGAUCUUGAUUUUAUUAAUGAAGGCUGGUAUAAAAUAAAUAUGUGGAGUCGAGUAAUUGACCCAGCUUUUGACAAUCACAAUAUUGAUUUAGUGCAUGGUGAGGGUAUGAGUCAUGCAUCAAGUAAUAGAAAAAAUCUUACCAGAGCAACAAAUGAUCUAAAGGAGCUCAGUCGAAAGGGCGAUGGAGUAUUCCGAUUACGUAAGGAUCAUUUAGAAUUUGGUGUUAUAGAAGCGGGUCGAAAAUAG